AUGUCUUCUCCCCCCGUCCGUCGCCUCACUGUCUCGGCUAUGCACCACUCGCGCUAUGCAAUGCAAUCGCUAAAAGACUGGGUUGGGAGGAGCCCUAUUGCGUUGCUCGGCCCGAGAUCAUCCGGAAGAUCAGGUGUUCAUCGGGCGCUGAGAUUCAUGAGCACCGCUCCUGAUGACUUCUCGAUUUUUCAAUUGGCCAAGGAUGGCAAAAGCAAACAGAUCGCUGAGGUGCUACAGAGGCACAAGAUAGACCUUUCUCUCAAGGACGUCAAAGGGUUCACCUUGUUGCAUUAUGCUGCCAUGAACGGCCACGGGGAUUUUCACUCUGCAAGGUGUCAAAACUACUCCUCGAAUCAGGGGCGGAUCCGAACAUCCAAGACUCUGUUGGACGGACUGCGCUUCACUACAGCAUGCCUGCUGGCUUCUCCUCCUGCGUGA